ACGAGCCUUCUCCAUCGUCGUCGACAGCUCGGCGUUAACCCCAGUUCGCUUGACUACCGGUUGCGUUUAUCUACCCAGUUUCUUGAAUUUUUAAUGGAAAAUGGCGAUGUUUGCUCAGUCCUCCAGUCUGCUCUGCCUCCUCUCCGUUCAAACUGUGCUGCUCCUCAGCCUCUCCUCACGGGGAACGGCGACGCUCCUCUUUCCUCAGCACUACACGAUGAUGCACUGGGCAGGUCGCAUAGAGAAGGAACUGGAGAAGGUGCUGCAGCUCGUCACUGGAGUCCAGCAAAUGAAAGGAAUUUAUAAUGAGAAGAGAAAUCAGUUUGCUGUGGAGCGAAGUACGCCCAAACAGCUGGUGGAGAAGGUAUCAGGAGACAUCGCCAAACUGCUCAACAGGAAACGCAAAGCACUGGAGAGGUUGGCUAGAGAGGCUGAAGACAUGCAACGAGAGCAUUCAUGGCAAGACGGAAUCAAAGAAAAUGACAUCCAGUACUAUGACUCCAAAGCUGACUCGGAUGUUCCAGAUGAUGUUAAUGGAGAAAACCUCUUGGGAAAUCCAAACUCUCUUUCUUUGGAAUUUGUGGAUGAUCCCAACUUCAAGAAUAAAGUCAACUACUCAUAUACAGCCGUACAGAUUCCUACUGACAUCUACAAAGGCUCUCCCACGAUCCUCAACGAGCUGAACUGGACUCAGUCUCUGGAGAGGGUCUUCAUUGAAAACAGUCGUGAGGAUCCUUCGCUGCGCUGGCAGGUGUUCGGCAGUGCCACCGGAGUCACCAGAUACUACCCAGCCACAAAGUGGAGAGCACCCAACAAGAUUGACCUGUAUGAUGUGAGGAGACGCCCGUGGUACAUUCAGGGAGCUUCUUCUCCAAAGGAUAUGGUCAUCAUCGUAGACGUGAGCGGUAGUGUCAGCGGACUGACCCUGAAGCUGAUGAAAACCUCUGUCAUCGAGAUGCUGGACACACUUUCUGAUGACGACUACAUAAAUGUGGCUCGGUUCAAUGAGAAAGCGUACGCUGUGGUGCCGUGCUUCACAACGCUGGUCCAAGCCAACAUAAAAAACAAGAAGAUCUUUAAAGAGGCUGUGAUGAACAUGCAAGCAAAGGGGACGACAGACUAUAAGACGGGCUUUCAGUUUGCCUUUGACCAGCUGUUAAACGAGACCAGCGCUCCGAGAGCAAACUGCAAUAAGAUGAUAAUGAUGUUCACAGACGGCGGCGAGGAUCGCGCUCAGGACAUCUUUGAGAAGUACAACUGGCCAAACAAAACAGUGAGAGUUUUCACAUUCUCGGUGGGGCAGCACAACUAUGACGUCACUCCUCUGCAGUGGAUCGCCUGCGCCAACAAGGGUUACUACUUUGAGAUCCCUUCCAUUGGAGCCAUAAGAAUCAACACACAGGAGUAUUUGGAUGUUCUUGGACGGCCAAUGGUGCUGGCAGGCGAACGGGCUAAACAAGUGCAGUGGACCAAUGUUUACCAGGAUGCUCUGGGUUUGGGGCUCGUCAUUACCGGCACAAUGCCAGUCUUCAAUCUCACCACUGACGGGGACUCCAAAAAUCAGUUGAUUCUUGGUGUCAUGGGUGUAGACAUCGCCCUCAGUGAAAUUAAAGAACUCACACCGCGGUAUAAGCUUGGAGCCAAUGGUUACACGUUUGCCAUCGAUCCCAAUGGCUAUGUGCUGCUGCACCCCAACCUACAGCCUAAGAUCAUUAACUUCAGAGAGCCGGUCACAUUGGACUUCUUGGAUGCUGAACUUCCAGACCGCAACAAGGAGGAGAUCCGCCGUCAAAUGAUUGAUGGCAAAGCAGGACAGAGGAGAAUCAAGACACUGGUGAAGUCUGUGGAUGAGCAUUACAUUGACGAGGUCCAGAGGACGUACAUAUGGAGUCCAGUGGAGGGCACAGAUUACAGUCUUGGUUUAGUUCUGCCGUCCUACAGUGAAAACCACAUCAAGGCCAACCUGAGCGACCAGAUCCUCCAGGUCCAGUAAAAAGAAGAUUUUUCAAAUUUUAAAUCGCUUGUUCAAAACACUUUUGAGUCAGAGGGACAUGUGUUCAUUGCCCCCAGGGAAUACUGCAAAGACCUGGAGCUGUCCAACAACAACACAGAGUUCCUGCUCAACUUCAUCGCUCUGAUGGAGAAGGUCACGCCGGACUCCAAACAAUGCGACAAUUUCUUGCUGCAUAAUCUGAUCUUGGACACGGGCAUCAUUAAAGAGCUGGUAGAUAAAGUCUGGAAGAACAAGGACCUCAACACGUACGGCUUUAUAACAGUCUUUGCAGCCACAGAUGGAGGCGUCACUCGAGUUUUCCCUAAUAGGGCCUCUGAGACCUGGGAGGAAAAUCCAGAGCCGUUUAAUGCUAGUUAUUACCGUCGCAGUCUGGACAACAAGGGCUACAUUUUUUUUGUUUUAUGUUGUCUAGCCAAUGAUGACAUACUGAAUCCAGAGAACGACACCAUCGGUAUUCUGGUUAGCACUGCAGUGGACAUUACCAUAGGAAUCAGAAACCUCAAACCUGCAGUUGUGGGUGUGAAGCUUGACCUUGAGGCUUGGACUGACAAAUUCAAGAUCCUGGCGAGCAACCACACCAACAGCAACCGACAGAGCUCUCAAACGUGUGGACCAACCAGUGGCUGUGAAAUGGACUGUGAAGCCAACAGUGAUGACUUGCUUUGUUAUCUGAUAGAUGACGGCGGCUUCCUCGUCAUGUCCAAUCAGAAAGACUACUUGAAUAAGAUCGGGAUGUUCUUCGGCGAGGUCGAUGCCACCCUGUUUUACGCCCUCUAUAACAACUCCUUCUACAAACGCAAGCAGUCUUACAACUAUCAGUCGUUGUGUGACCCCGUGCCCAGCAGCAACACAGGGGCCGCCCCGCGAGGAGUGUUUGUGCCUACUAUUGCUGAUGUGUUAAAUGUUGCCUGGUGGACGUCAGCCGCUGCCUGGUCACUGCUGCAGCAGAUGCUGUAUGGAUUCGCCUAUCAGAGUUGGUUCAUGACAGAUGAGGUGGAUGCUGAAGGAAUGGUGUCUAGAGCGACCAGCUGUGUGACGGUACAGACACAGUUUUACUUCAGUAACAUCAGCAGCUCCUACAACAUACUGCAGGACUGUGAUAACUGCUCCAGGUUAAUUCAUGCUAGGAGAAUAAACAACACCAACCUGCUGUUUGUGGUGGCUGAAAAACUGUCCUGCGACUCCUGUGAAAUAGAGAAACUGUCUCAGGUGGAAACAGAAUACAAGGAAAUUAAUACAUGCGAGACAAUAGCCACAGCCCGGUAUAGAAAAGGAACCACGAGCUGUUUCGACUACAGUGUUUUAGAGAACACAUCAGACUGUGGGCGGGGUCACUCGUUCCGCCCCUCCCUCCUCACUUUACUCCUCCUCCAGCUCCUCCUCCUGUGUGUUCUGGCCCACCCCUCUGUUUAAAUCCAUCCUCCUGUCCUCCUGUCCUCCUCUCCCUAAUUCCGCUUUUCUCCUUUAUCUCCCCGUUGCUCUAGUCAUAGGUAAUAUAAUGGGACUUCCUCUUGCCCUUAUACGGAAGUCCAGUCGUGCUGCUUCAUCCACUUAGCUUCACAGGUUGUUGCUUAGUGACCGUUGCAGAACUUUGUCAUCUCCUGCCAAUCAAGAGCAUUUGUGGAAGGAGCUAAAAGUGUCUUUGCGAAAACAGGAAGCUAGCGAUGUGGAAACCGACGGCCAUCUUGGACCAUUGAAGAAAUGGUGGAAAAUGACAUGGACUGUUCCCUCCUGCCUUUGCGGCUGUAAGGGGGUUGGGUUUUGUUUGACUCCGCCUCUAAAGGGAAAGGUCAUCCUCAUCAUCCUCAUCUUCAUUCUGUAACCCGUGUCGCGAGGCUACGGGACAUUCUAACACCAUCUAGCUUCCGGUAAUAAGAAAAUAACCGAAUAAGAACAGAACUUUAAGUGAUUGUCAAAAAAGUAUCAAUAACAACAUGUGAGUAUUAAAAACAUACCUCCAUAUAUUAGGGUAUUUAAUGAGAAAGGGAAGAUGAUAGAUGUUAUUUAUUCAGUUAUCUUUUGUUUAUUUAUGCACUAUAUCUACUUCUUGCCAAAACGAGACUUGUUGUGUGGUCUAACUUUUCUAGCCAAAUUAGGAGGUAAGAAAACCACAGAAAAAGAAAGUAGUGAAAUUAAAGAGGUAUCGCACCAUUCCUUCAUCAGUCACAAGGGCUUCAUAUAUUUAUUAUUUAUAUUUAUAUCACAACCCUGAUCCGAUUAGGUUAGGCUUUUUAUUUGUGUUUAUUAUUUGUAUCACAAGGUAAACUAUAUUAAUGCCUCAGUAAUAUAAUAUUUGCAGCUAAUAUGUAAUAACAUGUUCAUUUUUAAAGGACUAGUUCACCCAAAAAUGACAAUUUUGUUUGAUUUAUUCACCCUCAUGCCGUUCCAAACCUGUUUGCUGUUAUUGUUUCACCAAUGAGAAAUUUUUAAGAAUCAGGAUAGUGACCAUGAUUUCCAGCUCCAAAAAAAAAGUAUCAUAAAAGCAGUCAGCAUGAAGUU